UUGACUGGGGUUCACUAUCUCUGUCUAUCUUUAUCUAUCAUCGAAAGUAUCAUACAAGUUUGAUUUUUAUUGUGUGUUAAGAAACGAGUAUAGAUAAGUUUACUCGAACACCAUAUACAUAAUCUAUCUUUCUUUCUUUCUUUCUAUUUUUCUAUUUUUUUUUUCUCUCUCUGUAUAUUUGCAUUCGCGUGUCACUGAUGUGGUGGUGUGUCGUAUUUUCUCGCGAGCGGGAGACUGCGGAAAACGCAAUCGAGGACUAUGAGGGACACGAGCCGUUACGAGUAUAUUACUAGUUGACAACGACGAAGAUUACGAAUAAGAAGAAUAAGAAGAAGAAGAAGAAAACGGCGGCGGUGGUGGCGGUGGUGGUGGUGGCGGCGACGUCGGCGGUGAAAACGGCGACGGCGGCGACGGCGGCUAGUCAACGUUUGUUGUUGACAACGUCAGGAUCAAAAGGACAUCGUUAACGGACGAUCAUUGUGAAAUUAAAUUUGUCGUAAAACUGUGAAGAAGAAGAAUAAGAGUUGUCAGUUAAUUUCUAAAUUUUCGGACUGCGAGAAGAAAAAUUAGAAGAAACGAAAAACAAAAGAAGAAGAAGAAGAAGAAGAAGAAGAAUAAAUUUUGUGCUAGACAUUUUGGACAAGUAGUGUGUUUGUUUUCCUUGUAUUCGAAAAAAGGUGUAGAAGAGAGGUGGUGAAACUGGAGGUGGACGUGGUGGGGGAGGAGGAGGAGGAGAAGAAGAAGAAGAAGAAGAAGGGAAGAGACAUUUCGAGAGGAAAAUUAUACCAUAGAUAUAAUUUUAUAUCAAAUAGAAUAAAUGGACAAGAAAAUUUUUCCUUUGAUAAGAAGGAAAAGGAGGUGGAGGUGAGGGGUGGUAAACGUGAUUUUGACAAUAACAACAACAACAACAACAAUAACAACAACAACAACAACAAUAAUAACAACCCGUCAGGCAAACGGAGAGACGUUAAUAACGUGAAACGUGUGUUAGAUUUAUUACGAGGACAAUCUUUUAUUUUUUUUUUUUUGUCCCUUCCAAACCUUCCCUUCUACAUUACUUUAUAUCAUAAUCGUCAUUGUCAUCCUCUCUCGCUCUGUCAUAUUAUUAUUAUUAUUAUUAUUAUUAUUAUCUUCUUAAUCAAAAUUAUCCGUUUAUACCUUUAUCGUCGAAUACAUAUAUAAAUAUAUAUAUAUAAAUAUAUAUAUAUGGUUGUUUUUCUGUACUUUUUUUCUUUUUUUUUUUCUUAAUCAUCUGUUAUCGGCCUCGCGAGAAAAAAAAGUGAGGAGGAGAGAGGAUCAACAGAAAGAGGAAGGACCAACGAUAUCAUCCUCUUCUUCCUUCCUUCCUUCCUUCCUCAACGUUGUCCAAUCCGUUGGUUCGUUCGUUCAUUCGUUCGUUCGUUCGUUCGUUCGUUCGUCCAUUCUUGGUCCCUCACUGAGGAAACUACCUUGGAAGUGCAACAAGGAUCCGAAGGAGGAACGACCACGUCGGCACCAUGAGGAUCAAAAUGCCCGCGGUCAGGAUCGCGCAAGCGGAAACUUCGCAAAGUAGUACGUCCCCAGACACCGUCCAAUGCGGAGGUUGCAGGGCGUCCUAUCCCCUUGGCGAGAUAGUUCGUUUCAUCGAGCACAAGGUCAACCAUUGUCGCAGUACUCUCCAAGGGUGUCAUAGUCCUCCGGCUACGGCAGCACCAGAGGACUCCGAUCCUGAGGACGCUCUUGCCCUUAAAACUACGGAUCAAGAUUCGAAACUUAAUUCGGUACCAAGUAUUUCCGCACCUAUCAACAAAAGGGGUGGUAGACUUGAAAGUCCACCUACGCCUCAGGGUACAGCACCGGAUACCGGAAGUCCGAUCGAGCUUAGAGCUAGUGCAAGUUCGACGCCGAAAAGACGAACGGAGGAUAUCGACGAUGACAAGGAAGAAAUUCCUAAAAAGCAAAAAACCGAGUCUGUCGAUGCUGACACCAACACCGUCAAUUCCGAACCAAGAUGGCUGCAAUGUUCUCAAUGCUCAAGACGAGUAUCGUCCGCGUGGGAGUUACUUCAGCACGCGCAAAGCGUCCACGGUGCCCGUUUGUAUAGUUCGUCCUCACCGUCGACGAAUUCCUCGUCGAAUACACCAGCACCGAGUCCACCCACGCCCACGCCAACGCAUGCGCAUCACCUAAGUCCGCCGAAUCACUUGAAUUUAAGCGGCAAGUCAACCGGAAGUUCAUCCGCAGCUAACAGUUCAGCUGGAACGAACACGAGCGGUAGCAGUGGAAGUCGUCAGCAACUUCAAACGUCAGCCUCGUUGGUUGGUGACCCGUUACACAGUUUCUUAAGGCUACCCCAACAUUUGGAGAGAAGUUUUCCACCUAUGUUCAGGCCAGAUUUCUUAGCGUUAAACCCAUUGGCCAGUUACAGAGGCCUACAAGAAUUACAAACGGCAACGAGAAAUUUACAAAACCUAGGUGAUCCGUUACGCGGUAUGGACGGUUUAAAUUUAGGUGAUCCACUCGUCCGUAGCUCGUUGGAUUCUUUAAACAACGCAAGAAAUUUAGCAAAUUUAGCCGAAUUAUCUCACGGUCGUGCACUUAGUGCACAGGCACAUCCACCACCAUUAGAAGCCAACCUGGAUUUUUACUCGGCGCGCCUAAGGAGCCUCGCUAAUCCGUCCUUAGGCGCGGCUCCACCCAACAGCGGAAAUCCAAAUCCCAACAGCUCGAAUCCUGCACCGCCUAGUGUGACCAGCGUUGUACCGGUACCUUCAACUUUACAAACCCAACAACAACAACAACAACAAUCACAACAAAGACCACCGUCUCGUGUACAACCGGUGGUAGAACCACCGAGCCCAGCUACACAAAAUCCGGCUAAUCUUACGCAUAAUAAUCAUCAGAAAGAAAAUUCGCCACCGUGUUACAGUCAAAGUCCUGUUGGACAUCACAAUAAUAAUAAUUCGACGGACAGCGAGAAAACUAGUCCACCGGUAGCCUCAACUCCUAUCAUUGCUGAUUCCGGUUCGGAGACAAUUUAUGCUUGCGAGGUCUGCGACAAGAAAUUUCGAUUCCAAUCGAAUUUGAUCGUUCAUCGGCGUAGUCAUCGAGAGAAGGAGAGACAAUAUCAGCAAGAUGGUGGUACCCAGGAUGGGCAGACAGGUCAACAAAAUACGAGGUGCGAAGUAUGCGAAUUAGAAUUGUCGAAUUUUGCUGAAUUAAGGAAACAUAUGAGGAAGGAACAUCAAGAGACGUUAAACGCCGCUGCCAGUCCUCAAGGAAGCGUUGAGACGGUCCCAGACGAUGGAUCGAGUUGUGAUGAAAAUAUGGAUUUGGAUGAAGUUGAGGAAAACGAUCAGAAAGCUGAAAGAGAAGACAUCGAGGAGAACACACCAGAGGAUCUCAGUACGACGCAGGGUCAAAGUGGUGAAGAGAGUAGUGGUAGGAUCGAUCAAAAACCUGACAGUCUGGUCGGUGACCUCAUGGAAAAGUUUGGCUUGAGUAAUAUAGCGCAAUAUUCAGAAGCUUACAGGCAAGCUCUUCAAGAAAAUCAUCGUGGUGGUUUCAUCAAAACCGAAUCAUCAUCGAAUUUAGCUAAUUCUUUGAACAAUAACAAAGAAAAGGACAGUGCAUUAUCGCCAACGAACUUUAAUUCUUCGACGACAGCAAACAUUUUUUCCGGACAAGGUUUUCCAAGAUCGUCCGGCCCAGAUUUCGGUGGUCUUUGGUUACCGAGUCCUCAUUAUUUGGAAAACAACGAAUUUCGGAAAGCCUCGAAGGCAACCACAUCUAGUUUGGCACUUCAAGGCUUACCAAGUCCAUUAUUGAAAAAAGAACGAAGUGGUAGAAACGAUACCUGCGAAUAUUGCGGCAAGGUAUUUAAGAAUUGUUCGAAUUUGACGGUUCACAGACGAUCGCAUACCGGUGAGAAACCGUAUAAGUGCGAGCUUUGUUCCUACGCCUGUGCACAAAGUUCUAAAUUAACGAGGCAUAUGAAGACACACGGUAGACACGGCAAAGACACUUACAAAUGUCGUUUCUGCGAGAUGCCAUUUUCCGUACCUAGUACACUCGAGAAACAUAUGAGGAAAUGCGUGGUGGUAGUACAACAGGGUCCUAAACUUGGCAUGCCGUAUCCAGGUAGUCAGGACGAGGAUUCUUCAUUAAGUACCAAGGAUACUUGAUCCUGGAAUGGAAGUUUACCGCCCAUUCCGCCAUUGUGGCCGCACAGGCCACCUUACCCGGUUUAUUGAAGGGUGUGAUUCUUCCAUUAGGUCGAUGCUAUGGCCUUGAAAAUCUACCAAAAUGCAAAAUGAAUAAGAUAGAGGGUGAAGUCCUCCUUCUUGGUGUAAAGUCCUGUCAAAUGAGUCCAUCUAAAUGUUGAUAAAUUAUCAACAAAAGAUCGUUAAGGAUGUCCCUUUUCCUAUAUCGAUAGGAUCGAUAAACCUUGACUCCAGGAGCCUGGAAAUGGCUUACAGGACUAUGAAGAAAGAUGGAUUAAAAAGAAGAAAGAAGAUUAUAUCUUCUUCACGAAUUCUUCUUGUUCUUUCACGAAUAGUAAUCUAUUCACACAUAGAUUCAACAUGGAAGAAGAAGAAUAAGAAGAAGAUAAAAGAUAACUUUACUCGUAUACCUUUUAAAGAUCGUUCGUGAUCUUUUUGAUUAAAGAAUCGAGUUAGGUUGGUCCAAGAAUAAAUAAGAGGAUAUAAAGAAUUUGUUCUUCGUUUCUUCUCGUUUGAUUUUGUUAAUAUCUACAAAUGAGAGAAGAAGAAGAAUAAAAAAUAAAGGAAAAAAAAAACAAAUAUAUUAAGCGAACGAAUGGUUACCAUUUUGCGAGUCUCAGCACAGCUAUAUUCAAAAUGAUAUCGCUAUAAAUAAUUAUAAAUAAGCGUCGCUAUAUAAAUAUGCAUAUAUACAUACAAAUAAAUAAAAACG